AUGUUCCAACAAGAUGAUUCUACUUUUCUCAUGCUUGAUAGUGCACUCUUCUAUAAACGUGCCUUCAUGCACCUUGAGUUAAGUGAUUCCAACUACAAAUAUUGUCCAUCUAGAGAUGAAUGGGACAAGAUUGAAAAGAUCAAUGAGUUCUUGCAUGUAUUUUAUGAUAUUACUUGCGUCUUCUCUAAAACCAAGCAUCCAACUGCAAAUCUUUACUUUCCUUAUGUUUUUACUGCACAUCUGACAUUACAAAAAGGAUUGAAAAGUGAUGAUGCUUAUAUUGUGAAUAUGGCUGAAAAGAUGUUCACUAAAUUUGACAAAUAUUGGUCUGAAUUUAGUAUGAUUUUAGCCAUAGCUGUCAUUUUGGAUCCUAGAUAUAAGAUGAGUUUUGUUGAAUGGUGCUACAAUAAGUUGCAUGGUGAUGAUGGGGUGAACGAAUCAACAAAGGUGAAAGACAAAUUGGUUUCCUUGUUUAAUGAGUAUGCAAAUGAUGGAAUCAAAAACUAUUCAUCUAUUUCUUCAACAAGGAGGGCUGGAGAUGGUGGGAGUGAGACAAUUGAUGAAACAUCAUUUUCUACUACAUCUAGAGAUGUUUUGAGUGAAUUUGAUAGUUUUCAUAGAGUGAUUGUGCCACAAAAGACUCAGCUUGAAUUAUAUUUAGAGGAUCCAAGGAUUGACAGAAGAAAUAUUAGCUUGGAUGUGUUAUCAUAUUGGAAGGCUAAUCAAUUUAGGUAUCCAGAAGUUGCUGCAAUGGCAAGAGAUAUUUUUGGGAUACCUAUUUCUAGUGUUGCUUCGGAAAGUGCUUUUAGUGUUGGAGGAAGAGUACUUGAUCAAUACCGAAGUUCACUCAAACCUGACAUAAUUGAAGCAUUGAUUUGCACUAGAGAUUGGUUAUAUGGAGAGCAAGAGAAAUCAGCAAUAUCUUUGGAAGAAUUGACAGAAGAUAUCAUGGACAUGAGUCUACAUUCAAUAACUGAUCAUGGCGCUCAAAAUAGUUACUCGGUUGGUUAA